AUGCUUACUGUUUUGUUAAUUUUUAUAGUUCUAUUGUUUGCGGAACGUCUAAAUUACAGAACAUUUCGUAGCCGACAGUCCCAUACUAUUAAAUUUCGUGCAAACACUCGACCGCACACCAUCAAUGGUAUAACUGACCCACCAUGCACUUCAAGUCGAAAUAUAUAUGUUUGCGCUGGCUACUGUCCUUGGGCUAACACUGACAAUAAUGAACUUGUUUCAUGUUCGUUUCUUCCACGCAUUCCUAAUCAUGACUUUAUAAAAUAUAAUGUUUAUUGUACUCCUGAUGCUGAUCAAUGCCCAAAUUAUAAUGCAUGGCUUAAAGACAAUCUACCGGAAACGCGUCAGCAUAUAAGCAACAUUUCUGAUCAUCUAUUGUCUAAUUUCACUCUAAACUAUUCUAUACCAAUCGAUUUUAGUUCUCAACAAUUCCGCACAGUUGACACUAGUCCUGUGAAUUGGACAUUUGAAUUUAUUGAAAGAUUACGUAGUCAAGUACGAGCAAGGGAAGCUUUUGGCUCAUACAAUAAUAAAGAUAUAUAUCCAGCGUUGGAUAAAUAUGGUUCGUUAGCUAUUAAAGACAAGAAAUGUGCUAUUAUUGGAACUGAAAUUCCAUGGAUUGAAGCUGCAUUACUUGAAUACAAUGCAUCGAGUGUUACAACUAUUGAAUAUGCAACUAUUUAUUCAAAUGUUCCUCGCCUAUUUACUAUAACACCAAAACAAUUUGCACGUAUACAACAGCAUAAAAAGAAUCAACGACAAUUGUUUGACAGUGUGUGGUCAUAUAGCAGUAUUGAACAUGAUGGGCUUGGACGAUAUCGAGAUCCAUUAAAUGCAUAUGGUGAUCUUCAAACGAUGGUCAAAAUAACUUGUAUUCUCAAACCUGGUGGAUUUCUAUUUUUGGGUGUUCCGCUUAACAUCCAAGAUUUCAUUCAGUUCAAUUUACAUCGUAUAUAUGGACCUAUUCGUUUACCUUUAUUAUAUCGAAAUUUUCAUAUUGUCGAAGUGCUAGGCUCAGAAAUGGCAAAAGCUAAAGGUGACUGGGGUGUUCAAUCUUUUGUUGUCUUACAAAAUGCAAUAGGAUGUAAAAAUUCAUAG